GGCGGGAAAACGCUCGGUUUUGGCGCCAAAGGAGGAGCGUGGAGACCGCUGCGAUCGGGGCCGGCGUUCGGGAUCGCAUCGUGGGCGCCGCCGGGGAUCGUUUAGGAUCCAUUCAGGAGCAACCCGGUGCCUGACUGUUUGCUACCACAUCCCGGCACCAUGGCAGCUCCGGCAGGCGGGUUGGACGACGCGGAGCUGCGAGAAGCACAGCGGGAUUACCUGGAUUUCCUGGACGAUGAGGAAGAUCAAGGGGUUUAUCACGGCAAAGUACGCGAUAUGAUCAGCGACAACCAGUACCGCCUGCUGGUCAACAUCAACGACCUGCGGAGGAGGAACGAGAAGAGAGCCAGCCGGCUUUUGAACAACGCCUUUGAGGAGCUCAUUGCCUUCCAGCGUGCUCUGAAGGACUUUGUUGCCUCUGUUGAUGCCACCUAUGCCAAGCAGUAUGAGGAUUUCUACAUUGGGCUGGAGGGCAGCUUUGGUUCCAAGCACGUCUCGCCACGGACGCUGACUGCCUGCUUCCUGAGCUGCAUCGUUUGUGUGGAGGGCAUCGUGACAAAGUGCUCUCUGAUUCGUCCUAAGGUUGUCCGGAGUGUCCAUUAUUGCCCAGCCACCAAGAAGACUAUUGAGCGCCGAUACACAGACUUGACAUCCCUGGAUGCUUUCCCUUCCAGCUCUGUUUACCCUACAAAGGAUGAGGAGAAUAACCCCCUGGAGACAGAGUUUGGCCUCUCAGUCUACAAGGACCAUCAGACCAUCUCCAUCCAGGAGAUGCCUGAGAAGGCACCAGCAGGGCAGCUGCCACGCUCAGUGGAUGUCAUUCUGGAUGAUGACCUGGUGGACAAAGUGAAGCCUGGAGAUCGCAUCCAGGUGGUCGGGACGUAUCGCUGCCUGCCAGGAAAGAAAGGAGGUUACACAUCAGGGACGUUCAGGACUAUCCUCAUUGCCUGCCAUAUCAAGCAGAUGAGCAAAGAUGCUCGGCCUCUCUACUCUGCUACUGAUGUGGCCAAGAUCAAGAAGUUCAGUAGGAAUCGCUCUAAGGAUAUCUUUGACCAGCUGGCAAGAUCCCUGGCACCCAGCAUCCACGGGCACGAGUUCAUCAAGAAGGCCCUUCUGUGCAUGCUGCUUGGAGGGGUGGAGAAGGUCCUGGAGAAUGGGAGCCGCAUCCGAGGAGACAUCAACAUCUUGCUGAUAGGAGACCCUUCUGUUGCCAAAUCCCAGCUGCUGCGCUAUGUGCUGAGCACUGCUCCCCGUGCCAUUGGCACCACUGGCAGGGGCUCCUCUGGUGUUGGCCUGACUGCUGCUGUCACCACCGACCAAGAAACCGGUGAACGACGUCUGGAAGCAGGGGCCAUGGUGUUGGCUGACAGGGGUGUGGUGUGCAUCGAUGAGUUUGACAAGAUGUCUGACAUCGACCGUACGGCCAUCCACGAAGUGAUGGAGCAGGGCCGUGUCACCAUCGCCAAGGCUGGCAUCCACGCUCGCCUCAACUCCCGCUGCAGCGUCCUGGCAGCUGCCAACCCCGUCUAUGGCCGGUAUGACCAAUACAAGACGCCCAUGGAGAACAUUGGCCUGCAGGACUCCUUGCUCUCCCGUUUCGACCUGCUCUUCAUCAUGCUGGACCAGAUGGACUCUGAGCAGGACAGGGAGAUCUCGGAUCACGUCCUGCGAAUGCACCGCUACCGCAACCCCAACGAGCAGGAUGGGGAUGCCAUGCCCCUGGGCAGCGCCGUGGAGAUCCUGGCUACAGAUGACCCUGAUUUUGCACAGGAGGAGGAACAGGAGCUCCAGGUGUAUGAGAAACAUGACGACCUCCUGCAUGGGCCCAACCGCCGCAAGGAGAAGAUCGUCAGCAUGGAGUUCAUGAGGAAGUACAUCCACGUGGCAAAAAUGAUCAAGCCUGUCUUGACCCAGGAGUCAGCAGAUUACAUAGCAGAGGAGUACUCACGUCUGCGCAGCCAGAACCAGAUGAACUCAGACAUUGCCAGGACCUCCCCAGUUACAGCCCGUACCCUGGAGACAUUGAUCCGCCUCUCCACGGCCCAUGCGAAGGCCAGGAUGAACAAGACUAUUGAUCUGCAGGAUGCAGAGGCAGCUUUGGAGUUGGUGCAGUUUGCCUACUUCAAAAAGGUGCUGGAAAAGGAGAAGAAGCGCAAAAAGCAGGUGGAGGAUGACUCAGAGACUGAGAAGGAGGAGGAGGAGACGCAGCCUGAGAAGGAGGGCAGGAAGCAAAGGAGGAAGAAGGCACGCACAGAGGGCGAGGAGGAGUCCUACGACCCCUAUGACUUCAGUGACACUGAGCAGGAGAUGCCAGAUGUCCAGGCACAUACUCCCAAGACACCUGAAGCCUCAGCUACUGGCGAAGCGAAGAAGCCGGAGUUGGCUGAACCACGGUGAGUGGGGGUUGGAGAAGCAGAAGGAGGAUGCUUGUCCUUGCCUGCUCCAUACUGACCCCAUAAUAACUCCAUACUGACCCCAUAGAGCUAGUGAUCCUGUAACAGUUCCAUUAUGACCCCAUGGAAUUCCAUAGUGACCCCAUAAGAGCUCCUAUGUAACCCCGUUAAAACUUAAUGGUAACCCCAUAGAGCUUCAUGGUGACCCCUUAUCAGUUCCCUUAUGACCCCAUAGAGCUCCAUGGUGGCCCCAUAACAGAUCUACUAUGAUGCCAUAGAGCUCCAUACUGACCCCAUAACAGUUGUAUUAUGAUGCCAUAGAGUUCCAUAGUGACCCCAUAAAAGUUCCACUGUUGCACCAUAAUAGCUCCAUUAUGAUGCCAUAGAUCUCUAUAGUGACCCCUGAACUGUUCCAUUAUGACCUCAUAACAGCUCCAUAGAGAUCCCUUAGAGUUGCAUUAUGACGCCAUAAGAGUUCAGUUUUGCCCCCAUAGAGCCCCAGUGUGAGCUCGUAACAGUUGCAUUAUGACCCCAUAAGAGAUCCAUGGUGACCCCAUAGAGCUCCAUAGUGAGCCGACAACAGUUGCAUUAUAACCCCUUAUUGCUCACUAGUGACUGCAUAACAUUGCCAGAGGGACCCCAUAGAGCUCCUCUGUGGCCCCAUAAGUAUCCCAUGAUGACUCCAGAAAGCUUUCUAGUGACCCCAUAUGAUGUCCAAUAUGACCCCAUUAUAACUUCACAGUAAACCCACAGAGCUUCAUGGUGACCCCUUAUCAGUUCCCUUGUGACCCCAUAGAGGUUUUUAGGAUGUCAAAACAGUUUCAUAGACACGCCAUGGAGGUCCACAGUUGCCCUAUUACAGUAACAUUAUGACCACAUAGAAGCUCCACGGUGCCCCCAUAACAUUUCCAUUCUGACCCCAUCAGAGGACCGUAGUGAAGCCAUAGAGUUCCUUUGUGACCCCAGUACAGUUGUAUUAUGAUGCCAUAGAGACACCAUAAGAGUUCCAUGGAGAUCCCAUAGAGUUCCAUAUUGACCCCAUAAGAGAUCAGGUUUGCCCCCAUAGGGCUGCCGAGUGAGCUCGUAACAGUUUCAUUAUGACCCCAUAAGUGUCCCAUGAUGCCCGCAUAGAGCUUUCUAGUGACCCCGUAAGAUGUCCAAUAGGACCCCAUUAUAACUUCACAGUAACCACAUAGAGCUUCAUGGUGACCUCUUAUCAGUUCCCUUGUGACCCCAUAGAGGUUCUUAGGGAUGUCAGAACAGUUUCAUGGGGACCCCAUGGAGCUCCAGAGUGGCCCUAUAACGGUAACAUUAUGAACACAUAGGAGCUCCAUGGUGUCCCAAUGACAUUUCCAUUCUGACCCAUCCGAGCUCCAUUGUGACCCCAUUACAGUUGUAUUAUGAUGCCAUAGAGCUCCAUAGUGACCCCGUAAAAGUUUGACUGUUACACCAUAAUAGCUCCAUUAUGACGCCAUAGAUGUCUGUAGUGACCUCAGAACUGUUCCAUUAUGACCCCGUAAAAGCUGUAUUAUGACCCCAUAGAGCUUUAUAGUGAUCCCAGAAGUGAUUCCAUUCUGACCCUGUAGAAGCUCCAUUGUGACCCCAUAGAGACACCAUCAGAGCUCCUUAGUGACCCCUUAGAGCUCCAUUGUGGCCCCGUAAGAGUCCCAUUGUGAUCCCAUAGAGCUUUCUAGUGACCCCAUAAGAACUCCAUCUUGACCCAAUAGAGCUCCAAAGUGUCAAUACAAAGCUGCAUAGUGACCCCAUAACAGUAGCAUUAUGACCCCAUAGAGCUUGUUAGAGACCCCAUAACAGUUCCAUUCUGGCGGCAUAGAACUUCCAAGUGGCCCCAUAAGAUCUCCAAUGUGACCCAUUGUAGCUUCAUAGUGACCCCAUAGAGCUUCAUGGUGACCUCAUUACAGUUGUAUUAUGGUGCCAUAGAGCUCCAUAUUGACCCUAUACAAGUUUGACUGUUACACCAUAUUAGCUCCAUUAUGACGCCAUAGGUGUCUAUAGUGACCCCAGAACUGUUCCAUUAUGACCCCAUAAAAGCUCCAUUAUGACCCCAUAGGAGCUCCAUAUUGACGCCAUAGAGCUCCAAAGUGACCCCGCAGAGCUGCAUAAUGAACACAUAACAGCUCUAUUUUGACCCCAGAGAGUUCCAUAGAGACACCAUAAGAGCUCCGUGGAGAUCCCAAAGAGUUCCAUAUUGACCCCAUAAGAGAUCAGGUUUGCCCCCAUAGAGCUCGCGAGUGAGCUCGUAACAGUUUCAUUAUGACCCCAUAAGUGUCCCAUGAUGCCCGCAUAGAGCUUUCUAGUGACCCCAUAAGAUGUCCAAUAGGACCCCGCUAUAACUUACUAGUAACCACAUAGAGCUUCAUGGUGACCCCUUAUCAGUUCACUUGUGACCCCAUAGAGCUCCAUUGUGGCCCCAUAACAGAUCUACUAUGAUGCCAUAGAGCUCCAUACUGACCCCAUAACAGUUGUAUUAUGAUGCCAUAGAGCUCCAUAGUGACCCCAUACAAGUUCCACUGUUUAGCUCCACUAUGACGCCAUAGAUCUCUAUAGUGACCCCAUAACAGCACCAUUAUGACCCCAUAAAAGCUCCAUUAUGACCCCGUAAGGCCUCCCUAGUAACCCCAUAGAGCUCCACAGUGAUCCUGUAGAGCUGCAUGGUGACUCCAUAACAGCUCCACAGUGACCCCAUAGAGUACCACAGUGACCCCAUAUAAGUUCCAUUGCUACCCCAUAAGCGGUCCAUUAUGACAUGAAGAGAACCAUAGUGACCCAUAGAGGUCCAAGGUGACCCUAUAAUGCUUGAUAUUGGCCACGUAAAAGGUCCAUUAUAACCCCUUAGUGCUCCACAGAAACUCCAUAACAUUGCCAUAGUGACCCCAUAAGAGUUCCACUGUGGCCUCUUAACAUUUCCAUUCUGACACCAAAGAGCUCCAUAGUGACCUUCAAGAGCUCCCUCAUGACCCCAUAAUGGUUCCAGUAAGACCCCAUACAGCUUCCUAGUAUCCCCUUAUCUGUUCCCUUGUAACCCCAUGGAGGUUCUUAGGGACGUCAAAAGAGUUUCACGGAGACCCCAUGGGGCUCCAUAGCGGCCCUAUAACAGUAACAUGAUGACCACAUAGGAGCUCCAUGGUGUCCCCAUAACAUUUCCAUUCUGACCCCAUCAGAGGUCCUUUGUGAACCCCUAGAGCUCCAUUGUGACCCCGUAACAGCUGUAUUAUGAUGCCAUAGAAGUCUUUAGUGAUCCCAGAACUGUUACAUUAUGACCCUUUAAAAGCUCCAGUAUGACCCAAUAAGAGCUCCAUAGUGACCCCUUUGAGCUGCAUUGGUACCCCUCAAGAGCUCCAAUUUGACCCCAUAGAUGCUCCAUAGAGUCUCCAUAAAAGUUCCAUAGUGACCCCUUAGAGCACCAUAGUUAAUCCUUUACGGUUUGAUUAUAAUCCCAUAGUUGCUCCAUUAUCAGCACAAAGAGCUCCUUAGUGACCCCAUAAAGGUUCCAUUGUUUCCCUAUGAGAGCUCCAUUAUGACCAUUAGAGAACCAUAGUGACCCUUAGAGGUCCAAAUUUUCCCAAUAGAUGUUGAUCAUAACCACAUAAAAGGUCCAUUAUAACCCCCUAGAGAUCCAUAGUGACCAUGGAUCCAUAAGAGUUCCAUUGUGGCCGCACAACCGUUCCAUGAUGACCCCAAAAGAGUUCUGUGGUGACCUAUGAAGAGCUCUAUAGAGACCCCAUAACAGUAGAAUGAAAACCCCGUAUAACUCAGUAGUGAUUCCAUAACAUUGCGAUAGUGACCCCAUAGAACUGCCUUGUGGCCCCGUAAAAGUCCCAUUGUGAUCCCACAGAGCUUCAUAGUUACUCCAUAAGAGCUCCAUCGUGACGGAAUAGAGCUGCAAAGUGACCCCACAGAGCUGCAUUGUGACUCCUUAAUAGCACCAUUAUGACACCAUAGAGCUCAUUAGAGACCCCAUAACAGUUCCAUUAUGGUGGCAUAGAACUUCCAAGUGACCUCAUAAGAGCUCCAGUGUGACCCGUUAUAGCUUCAUAGUGACCCCAUAGAGCUUCAUGGUGACCCCAUAACAGUUGUAUUAUGAUGCCAUAGAGCUCCACUGUGACCCCAUACAAGUUCCACUGUUGCACCAUAAUAGCUCCAAUAUGACACCAUAGAUCUCUAUAGUGACCCCAGAACUGUUCCAUUAUGACCCCAUAAUAGCUCCAUUAUAACCCCAUAAGAGCUCCAUAGCGACACCAUAAUAGCUCCAUGGUGACCCCAUAGAGCAGCCUAAUGACCGCAGUCAAGUUGUAUUGUGACCC